UUAUUACUUUUUUUUUAUUAUUUUAUCCUCAUUCCUCUCUUUUCCAUCUCCUACUAUUUAUUUAUGCAUAAACCACACUCUUCACCUUGAAAUUUUUCAUCACUUAUUCCAUCAACUUCAUUCCAUCAAUUUCAUUGUUCAAUUGUUCAAUUCAAGCAACAAAAAAAAAAUGCCUAAGAAGCUUCAAAAAACCCUUCAAGAUUACCUCAACAAAAUCAAAAACAAAAAACCUCAUCCUCAAAUUACACUAACCAAAAUGCUCUCUGGUUGUAAACAUCCCAAAACGCCAUCAUUUUCCUUAGACAACGGUAGAAACAUGUCAUCAUCUAACGCCGUUAAUAACAAAAUCAACGAUGCAGCAACACUAGCUGACGUUGACCGUUUUCUUUUCGAGAAUUUUAAGUCUCUUUAUUUCAAAGAUGAUGAAGAAACCGAAAACAACAACGCCAACACCAACACCAACAAUAAUAACAAUAACAAAAGAAUCUCGGAUGGACGAAACAACGAGGAACCACUAAAACUUGGUUCCUGGUUGUUUGAAUCACCGAGAUUCAUUACAACACCACCUCAAGAUCUUUGUGGAUCAGCACGAUUUUUCGUGAAGCCGGGAAAUUCAGGGUCAUUGAUGGAAGAUGCACUAUCUUUAUCAAACAGUGAUGAAGCUGAUUCGAGUAAUUCAAAUUCAUCAUCAACGGCAUCACCAACAAAAGAGGUUAUCAUGGUUAAUCAUGUUCAUGAUCAUCAUGAUCGUGAUCAUAAUAAUGCUCUUCCUGAUAAUUGUGUUGCUUUGUUAUCGUAUUCGCCUAGUCCUUACGAUGAUUUCAGGCGAUCGAUGCAAGAAUUGGUCGAAUCAAAGUUUGGUAAAAUUGAAAACAAUCAGAGAAUAAUUGAUUGGGAUUUCAUGGAGGAGAUUUUGUUUAGUUACCUUAAUGUUAAUGAGAAAAAGUCUCAUAAGUUUAUUUUAAGUGCUUUUGUUGAUCUCAUCACUGUUAUGCGUCGGAAUUCAGAGGCAGCUCCGGGGAAACCGUGUAGCGUCCGAACGGUUAGGAUUGGUAGGGAAGUCAGGAAGAAGAAGACCAAGCAAGUGACCAUAGAAUUUGAGUCUUCUUAACUUUUUUUUUUCUUUUUGUUAAUUUUCAUGAAAUAAAAGUAUAUUAGAAUUUAGAAUAAACUUAGGGUAGGGGGAAUUUUUCUUCCGAAUUUUAACAAUCCUGAAAUAUUUGAGUCUUAUGUAAUGAUCCAAUGAUCUUUGUUAUGCUUAAAACUCAUGCUAAGCAUGUUGGUUUUUAUUUUGAUAAACUAAAGUAUAUUUGCGGGCAUAAAA